GCAAUUUCGCUUGACUUUGUAAAGCCUCACAUCAUAACAGCAACCAGCGGUUGCUACAUGUAACUCUUGUAACUACCGAGUAGUUGUGCCCACAUCGUUCAUCGCGUGCUCGAACACAACAGCGACGACCCGCUGGCCCACUUCCCCGGACUCCACAAUGGCGGUUGAAGCUUCCGUCAACGCAGAGCAACCCAGGUCCAAGGAUCUGGAGAUUGCGGAGAAGCAGCCUUCUCGGCCGGGCAGCAUCGGAGAGGAUCUCAAGGCUAGUGAAGUUGAGCUUCUUGAUGAGGCCGAGAUCUUCUUGCAGCAGAAUGGCCUUUCUCAUGCGCAUCUGCGAGAGCUUAUGGAGGAUGAACAGGCUCAGAAGAAGCUCGUCCGUCGGAUCGAUCUCACACUACUACCCCUCCUCAUGGGAACAUAUCUCCUUCAGUACAUCGAUAAGCAGGCUCUGAGUUAUGGCGCAGUUUUUGACCUCUUUGAAACAACCAACACUUCCCAAAGCCAGUAUUCGUGGCACGAGGGGCAGGGGACCUGACGACGGGAGCCAGCCUUGACGAGCUUCUUGUUCUUCUUACGCUUCUUCUUGGGAGUCUGACAUGAUCAGCAAGAGCACCAACGGAGCACCAGCAGAGCACCGACAGAGCACAUACCUCGGGACGUGAAUAGGGCGUCUUCUUGGGCGGAUCACCGCCGCCGUUCGGGGGCUGCGCGCCCGAGCCGCCAACGACAACACCCCCGGAGAUGGUAGCGAAGCCACCAGUUCGCUGAGGAGGCAU